GUCGUCUCUGCUAUCUGGAUCCGCUCUGUCGGAGGUGAAGGACCGCCUGUCCACUCUCUGCCUCUAUAGCUGCUGUCAAUGGCUCUCGGGACGUGUUUUAUCUGAAUGUCUAUAAGGGGUGAUAUAAGUGACCAAUAAUGGAUAUUCUAUGGAUAUUAUGGACCAUACCGGCCGUUAUAGCUGUUGAAGAGACACUUAUGGACUCCACUACAGCCACAGCGGAGCUCGGCUGGACGGUCUACCCCGUGUCAGGGUCCAGUGACAAUAGCUGGGAGGAGGUGAGCGGUUAUGAUGAAAACAUGAACACCAUCCGGACGUACCAGGUGUGCAAUGUCUUCGACAACAAUCAGAACAACUGGGUACGGACAAAGUACAUCCGGCGUCGUGGCGCCCAGCGGAUCCACGUGGAGAUGAAGUUCUCGGUGAGGGACUGCAGUAGCAUCCCCAACGUGCCGGGCUCCUGUAAAGAGACGUUUAACCUCUAUUACUAUGAAUCUGAUGCCGACACAGCCACCAGGACCUCGCCUGCUUGGAUGGAGAACCCCUGGAUCAAAGUCGACACCAUUGCGGCCGACGAGAGCUUCUCCCAGGUGGACCUAGGGGGCAGAGUGAUGAAGAUUAACACCGAGGUUCGAAGCUUUGGUCCCGUGUCGCGAAACGGCUUCUACCUGGCCUUCCAGGACUACGGCGGCUGCAUGUCGCUGAUCGCCGUUCGCGUCUUUUACCGGAAGUGCCCCCGCAUCAUCACUAACGGGGCGAUGUUCCAGGAGACGCUCUCGGGAGCAGAGAGCACCUCCCUGGUGGCUGCAAGAGGUGUUUGCAUCCCCAACGCAGAGGAGGUGGACGUGCCCAUUAAGUUGUACUGCAACGGAGAUGGAGAAUGGAUGGUACCCAUCGGACGCUGCAUGUGCAAGGCCGGGAACGAGGCUGUCGAGAACGGGACGGUUUGUCGAGCCUGUCCGUCGGGCUUUUUCAAGCCCACUCAAAAAGAUGAACCGUGCAUGCAGUGUCCCAUCAACAGCCGCACCACCAGCGAAGGCGCCAUGAACUGCGUUUGCCGCAACGGAUACUACCGCACCGACUCCGAUCCUCUCCAGAUGCCGUGCACAACCGUCCCCUCAGCUCCACAGACUGUCAUCUCCAGCGUGAACGAAACCUCCGUGAUGCUGGAGUGGCAGCCUCCCCGGGAUUCGGGGGGCCGCGAGGACGUGGUCUUCAACAUCAUCUGCAAGAGCUGCGGCGGAGGCCGGGGAGGCUGCACCCGCUGCGGGGACAACGUUCAGUUUCUGCCCCGUCAGCUGGGCCUGACAGAACCCCGGGUCUACAUUAGUGACCUGCUCGCCCACACACAGUACACGUUUGAGGUGCAGGCUGUCAACGGGGUGUCAGAUCAGAGCCCCUACUCCCCUCAGUACGCCUCAGUCAACAUUACCACUAACCAGGCUGCUCCGUCUACGGUGUCUAUCAUGCACCAGGUCAGUCGCACGGUGGACAGCAUCACCCUCUCUUGGUCCCAGCCUGACCAGCCGAAUGGAGUCAUCCUGGACUACGAGCUACAGUAUUAUGAAAAGGACCAAUCGGAAUAUAAUGCUACAGCCAUAAGGAGCCAGACCAACACAGUGGUCAUCCGUGGCCUCAAGCCAGGAAGCAUCUACGUGUUCCAGGUCCGGGCCCGCACCGUGGCCGGCUUUGGACGCUACAGUGGCAAACUGUACUUCCAGACCAUGACCGAGGAGGAAUACAACACCAGUAUUCAGGAGAAGCUACCUCUCAUCAUCGGCUCGGCAGCUGCCGGCUUGGUCUUCCUCAUUGCUGUGGUCGUCAUCAUCAUCGUCUGUAAUCGGCGUGGCUUUGAUAGGGCCGACUCAGAAUACACGGACAAACUGCAGCACUACACCAGCGGCCACAUGACUCCAGGAAUGAAGAUUUAUAUUGAUCCGUUCACAUAUGAGGACCCCAACGAGGCUGUGAGGGAGUUUGCCAAGGAGAUUGAUAUAUCCUGUGUGAAGAUUGAACAGGUCAUUGGUGCAGGAGAGUUCGGAGAGGUAUGCAGUGGGAACCUGAAGCUCCCGGGUAAAAGGGAGAUGUUUGUGGCCAUAAAAACUCUGAAGUCUGGCUACACUGAAAAGCAAAGGCGGGACUUCCUGAGUGAGGCCAGCAUCAUGGGCCAGUUCGACCACCCCAACGUCAUCCACCUGGAGGGCGUGGUUACCAAGAGCAGUCCCGUCAUGAUCAUCACCGAGUUCAUGGAGAAUGGGUCUCUGGACUCCUUCCUCAGGCAAAACGACGGGCAGUUCACUGUGAUCCAGCUCGUCGGUAUGCUCCGCGGCAUCGCCUCGGGCAUGAAAUACCUGGCCGACAUGAACUAUGUGCACCGCGACCUCGCUGCCCGAAACAUCCUGGUCAACAGUAACCUUGUGUGCAAGGUUUCGGACUUCGGCCUCUCGCGCUUCCUGGAGGACGAUACAUCAGACCCCACCUACACCAGUGCUCUGGGAGGGAAGAUUCCUAUCCGAUGGACUGCACCCGAAGCCAUCCAGUACAGGAAGUUCACCUCUGCCAGUGAUGUGUGGAGCUACGGGAUCGUCAUGUGGGAAGUCAUGUCCUACGGAGAGAGGCCUUACUGGGACAUGACCAAUCAGGAUGUCAUCAACGCCAUAGAGCAGGACUACCGGCUGCCCCCACCCAUGGACUGUCCCAGCGCGCUGCACCAGCUCAUGUUGGACUGCUGGCAGAAGGACCGCAACAACCGGCCCAAGUUCAGUCAGAUCGUCAACAACCUCGACAAGAUGAUCCGCAACCCCAACACGCUGAAGGCCAUGACCCCGUUAUCUUCAGGUGUUCAUCUCCCUCUCCUGGACCGCAGCAUCCCAGACUUCUCCAGCUUCAGCACCGUGGACGAGUGGCUGGACGCCAUCAAGAUGGGCCAGUACAAAGACAACUUCGCCGGCGCCGACUUUUCCACAUUUGAUGUGGUGUCCCAGAUGACCAUGGAGGACAUCCUGAGGGUCGGUGUGACGUUAGCGGGCCAUCAAAAGAAGAUCCUCAACAGCGUCCAGAUGAUGCGGGCACAGAUGAACCAGAUCCAGUCGGUGGAGGUUUGACCCUCCCGAGUGGAGCAGAGGGGGUGGGAAACAAAAAAAGGCGGUCGGGAUGCAGGGCUCUGGGUGCGGAGGAUGGAGUGGAUGUUUUGUUUUUUUCGCGUUACAGUGCGUCUGGUCUUCCCACCGGACUACCAUUCAUUUCCCCGUUCCCCUCUCCACUUCCCUCUCAUCCCCCUCACCGUGACUCUCCCUCCACCUCCACCUCCAUCCUUUGGGAUCGGCUGUGGAAACAAAGUCCCAAGUAAUGAUGAUGAUGAUGAUGAUGAUGAGGCAUCAGAGGGCCCACAGCCAACCCAUCUACGGAGCCAGACACAUGGGGAGGUUAGAAGUGACCAGCAAACACAUUUUUCAAUCUUCCACCAAUUUUUCUUUUUUUUUUUUGGUUUGUUUGUUCUGAUAAUUUUGUAAAGAAUUUUUUAAAGGAAAAAAAAAGAAAAACUGAGAAAAGGCAAAUCUAAAUUUAUAGAUGAUAUAAGCUUGUACACUAGACGGACCCGAGUAGGAAAGCUACCCUUUAAAAGGGCGAGAAAAAAAAAAAAAAAAAAGGAAUCAAGGAAGAGUUGAGGAGACGAGGCCAUCCUCAACAACAGGUGUGGAUAUUGUCUUUACAUCUUCUUAAUUAUGGACAUCAUGAGGAAACGCAGAGUUCUCUGUGCAAACCACGGAGGACACUGAGGAACCCGACGUGCGCUCCCAACCAGGAGAGAAAAUACAUUUUAAAAACCAUGAAAUGGACAACAUUUGGCAUGGACUGAUGUCAAAAACACAUCCAUUCAGACUUCACACAGUGAAAAAAAAACAUUUUCUUUUCUCAUUGCAAGUAAUUUUCUAUAUUGUGUGAAUUUUUGUGAUGAAGAAUUCCGUCUACACCAUGCUUCCUCUCACUAUAGACAUUUUUUUUUCUUUCACAGUGAAACAUUCACAGCCUGCCAAAUAGACUUCCCUCUUCCCUUCUUGCACCCCUGUACUGUCUGUACAUAUCAGAUGCACUUGACCUGCCAUAACGCGAUGACUCGGAAACAGUUGUAACUCAUCAGUUCAGGAGCAGAAGAACUGACCACAGGGAGGAUUUAACUUCACUUCUUUCCUUAUUGUGUGAAAAAAAAAUAGCUUGUGGAGAGAAAAAAAAAAAAAAAGCAAACCAACGUCCUGCAUAGAUUCACACACACAAAGAAACAGGUUCUACUGUUUACGUCAGAGUCCAUACAGUGUGUCCUGUUAUAGCAUCCUCCUUCAUCUCCAAUACCGUCUGUGCGUACAGUACGUGCACGUCGCGCACACACACCACGCGCACAAAGAAGCAGUGGCUUCCCGAAGCGCCGGGACUCGUGUUUGAUAGCAUGCUGAGUGAGUGGUUAAUUUCACAGUGCUUUGAUUUGCUGCAAUUACUAGAACUCUGUUUGGUGAGAGCUUGGAUUUGACACACUUUACAGAGUAUAAUGUGGCUGCAUUAUAUUCUUCUUCUUCCAGUUUUCCUUUUGAAAAAGACAUUUUUUUUAUGUUUAAAGUAUUAAAGUUUUGAUACCACACAUGGUUAUUUUACACAGUCACGAAUAGACUUUACAAUCAGGCGAAUUCAAAACAAAAAAUGCAACGUGUUAUAUUUUUGCAAUUUCUGUAUGGAUAUUAUUGAAUUGUUAUUAUUAUUAUAUAUUUUUUUUUUUCCUGCACUGAGUCUAUUGUUUGACUCCAACAAAACACUCUGGAUCUUCCAUCAAUGCUUUUAUUUUGAGACAUGAAUCAUGUUGGUGCACACAAAAAAACAUGUAGAUAAACAGCGUUUUCCCUGUGACUGGUUUCCUUUUAAAGACAGUAUAUG